UCCGAGGCCGUUAACGGCGGCGCGGCCGGGCCGCGGCUCCAAAACAAAGGGCAGGCGGCCCGCGGGGCGGCGGCGGGAGGAUGCCUCGCGCCCUGCCGAGGCGCCAACGGCCGCAGCGCGUCCCGGGCCGCGCCGGCGCCGCCUGAGAGCCGAGCCCGCGCUGACCGGGGCCCGGGCCGGAUGGGCGCUGCGGGCCGGGGCGCGGACCGCCGAGCGGCCGUUGUGACAUUUUUCUCUCGUCCCAGCUGUGUGGACAGUGCCACACGCCCUCCGAACAACAACGGCUCUUGCGUGCAUCUUUCAGUGUUUCUUUUGUCAGAGAGCCCAGCAGAGCCACCAGCCUUCCAGUGCCAGCCCUGAGCUGAGCGAGGAGUGCCCAGCCGAGAUGGUGAAGAUGACAAAAUCCAAAACUUUCCAAGCUUAUCUGCCAAACUGUCACCGAACAUACAGCUGUGUCCACUGCAGAGCCCACCUGGCCAAUCACGAUGAGCUGAUCUCCAAGUCUUUUCAGGGAAGUCAGGGACGAGCCUACCUCUUCAAUUCUGUGGUGAAUGUGGGCUGCGGCCCCGCAGAGGAGAGGGUCCUUCUCACUGGUCUGCACGCGGUCGCAGACAUCUACUGUGAAAACUGCAAAACCACGCUCGGGUGGAAAUAUGAACAUGCCUUUGAAAGCAGUCAGAAAUAUAAGGAAGGAAAAUUUAUUAUUGAGCUUGCCCACAUGAUCAAAGACAAUGGUUGGGAGUAAAGUGAAAACUUUGUUCUCUUCCGAAUACUAUUUUGUGAAAGAGACUGUAAGCGUAACGGAGGCAUCCUGGAUGACAGUAUUUCUUGAACUUGAACCUUACGGCGGGCUGGCUUCUCCCGGCCGUUCAGGUGGUAAGGUGUCCCUCCAGCCUCUCUCCUGUUGACAUACAUGGCUGUUUCUGAAAUGUUUCAAUGACCUUUUGCUAACUUCUCAAGUUCUAGAGAAAGAAUUAACCAACUGAUGACUUAACCUGUCUAGUUAAUACCUUCUUUUAAGAGAGAGUUUGCCUGUGCUCCUUCAUGUUUGAUAGAAAACCAAACCAAAUUUCCACGGACCACAGGGUUAGGGGCUUUUCGGGGAGCAAGCUCACUCCCCUCUUUUUUUGAGCGAGGGUACUGUAGGCCACUUUUUUUCUAAUUUGUGAAACUACAGAUGGGUUAGUCCUCUUGCAGAUGAGCUGUUAAGGCAUAGUGCUCAUUUAGGAAUCUUCCAGAAACAGUCAAG